UGAUGUAAAAGAAUUCCGAAGUCACUCACGGGGAAAUACUUUAAUUUGGAGCCUAAAAUACAGACGUUCUUCCGUGUACGACAGUCUUUAAAUCUAACAGUGACGUCACCCUGUCAUUGAGAAUUUAGCAGCUGGCACGUUGUUUAGACUUCGUGGGACCGACACUUAAAAACAAUUUCGUGACGUUUACGAUAGUCGAGCAGAAUGGCCCGUGGACACCAGAAGAUCCAGUCGCAGCAGAAGAACGCCAAGAAGCAGGCCGAGAUUAAGAAGAAGGCCAAGGGUCACGACCAGAAGACGGCGGCCAAAGCGGCGCUCGUCUUCACCUGCGCCGUGUGCAAGUCCCAGAUGCCCGACCCUAAAACCUUCAAGCAGCACUUCGAGAGCAAGCACCCGAAGUCCCCUCUUCCCCCUGAGCUGGAGGGAGUGGAAGCAUGAGACCCCCCACUGCCUCCUUUUCUUCCUCCCUCCCACCUGGAUGGCUCCCUCAAGGCUGUCUACCAGCUCUGCACUCGUCUUGGUCCGAUAGCAUUGAAGUGACGUCGCCAACAUGAAGAAGUCGUCUUUUUGUUUUGGUUUGCUUCCGUUCCUUGAGUACUGCCACUUUGAGUGUGUGUGCGCGCGCGUGCGUGUGUAUAAUUGAACCCAAAGCUGGUGUGUGAUUCCCUGUGUGUGUGUGUGUUCCAUGAACAAUCUCAGCGAUGAAUGAAACAUUUCUCCUUCACUGCUCUGAUGUGUUGUCCACAUUUAAGUGAUGAUGAUGAUGUAAUUCUGAGCCAUCCGUGUGUGUGAUUUUGACUUUUUUUUUUUUCCUAACGCUACUCACCUGGACCAGGGAUGGGGGUAGUCAGCAGGCACAUGUGGUUUGAUUCCAAGUUGUAAUCAGGGCGAUAAUUGUGGACAUUUAUCUCUUAUGCAUUCGAUGACAUUGGGCUGUGUAGAGUGGUUGGAAUUUUGCUAGUCCACACAUGUUAACACUGUAUUCUUUUGCAUCCAGUUCAUCUUCAUGUUGGCUCAUCUAAAACGUGCCGGCCAGGCUGCUACUUUACAAAAUGCAAGAUUAACAAUUUGCAGAAAAGUGUCAGGAACUGGAAUGUAUGCUCACUGAUGUAUUAUAGUGUUUUAUUAAAUUUUACUUUGUGGUAA